AUGGAACAUCAAUUAUUUGUCCACUGUGAAUCAUACCUCAUUAUCAUAUGCCGCCGGUGCAAGCACGCUGUGUGGCCAACAGAGAUUGAACGGCAUCUGAAAGGCAAGGCCCAUCAGCUAAAGCAUGCGGUGGUUCAGCAGAUAAAGGAGAACAUUGAACAGUGGGACAAUGUGGCUCGAGAUACUACACAGUUAACACUGCCCACAAUACUGAAUGAACCAAUCCCGGAACUACCCAUUCAAGAUGGCUACAGGUGCCAGCGGGAUCCCCAGUGCCAGUAUGUGGCAGGGAACAUGAACACCAUGCGCAAGCACUGGCAGAACAAGCACAGCUGGUCGCCAUAUCCCAGCCGUGGCCGUACAGCGCCACAAAAGCGUACGGCAGCACAGGAUGAGGUGGACAGAUCAUGCCAGAAGGUGCAGUUCCAGCAGAUAUUUGCAUCGCGCAAGGGCUCCCACUACAUACAGAUCCAGACUAAGGAGACUACUGAGCAUACCGGCACGCAAGACCAGAACAGAGCCAGCCAGGCCAUUGAUGAGCUGGAGCGGUUUUACCAGGAACAGCAACGGCAGACCAGCAAUGUCAUCCAGGCCGGGGAGCACGAUGAAGCCAACCCAUGGCUGCGGCGGACCAGAUGGCCGGUGUACUUGACCAACAUCGCACCCAAUGAUCUGGUCAACUGCGUCCAGCGGCCCGAGGAUGACACCACGUGCCCAGAUGAACUGGCCGCGAGGGCUAUCUGGGAGGCCAUGGGUCAGGUUGCCCGUACCAGCCAGCGAGUCAUCACACGGCUGGGCCACUUCGUCCGCAUCGAGGCCAUCCGCACAGAGCGACACCAGACCCGGCACACCCCGUUGCAGGCGUACAUGGACGAGGAGAGCAUCGCCGAGCACGUGAGGCCAUGGCAGCAGAUGUUGAUGUUUUUCGCCCGAACGCAGGUCGAGCAUGAAUGGACGAGCCCACAGUACCGGUUCACACCACGGCAGCGCAAGACAUGGAGGGUAUUAUGGCAGGUAGCCACCACAGAGGGAGCCGACCAGCGACACCCCAUCAGCCCAGACCCCAUGGAUGAGCAGAUGACUGAGGAAGAAGAAGAGGAGGAGGAGGAGGAGGAGGAGGAGGAGGAGGAGGAGAAGAGACAGAGAGAUACUCAGUCAGAAGAAGAAGAUAAGUUCAAAUUAACCAGGAUGCAGAUGGCAUGUUUGGAUUUUUGCAUUGAGCUGCUGAACCAGCGGGUUCAGGGUGGAGGAUUAUGA